AUGGAGAAGUUGGGCAUCAAGGAGAAGCAGCUCCUGCCCAGCCGGACCGUCUUCCACGGCAUUAUACCCGGCCUUUCCGGCUCCCCGAUCGGCAAGGUCAAGAUAAAUGUCAUGUUCGGCGGCAAAGAUCACUUCUGCCGCGAGCCGAUCUGGUUCGAGGUGGUCGACCUGGACAGCCCCUACCACACGCUCUUGGGCUGGCCUGCACUGGACAAGUUCAUGGCGAUCAGUGGGUACUUUGAUGGGUGCGAAUUCCUCAACGUACCAUGGGCCGACAACGAGCAAGCGGAUGCCCUGGCGCGGAUUGGCUCCACCCGGCAAGCAAUACUAGCUGGCAUCUCCCUCCAGUGCCUGCGCAAGCUGUCUAUCAAGCCUUCGCCGGAAUCAGAGUCCAUCUUCGUGCCGGCUAACCCCGGAGCAGUCGGAUCUGGCUCAGGGACUACAGCAGUCGGCCCGGGGACUUCGGUGGGCGGCCCGGAGACUGCUGCACUCGAACCCGGCCCAGGGAGUUCACAACCUGGCCCGGGGGCUGCAGCACUUGGCCCGGGGACUUCAACGACGCAGCAAGCAGCAGCCGGCUCCGACCCGCCGCCUCCAAACCCAACUGCCCUAGUACCAGUGUCCGUGAUGACAGUGGUAGAAGCACCAUCAUGGGCACAACCCAUCCUCAACUUCCUGGUGAGUAGAGAGUUACCAGCCAACGAGAUUCUGGCCCGGCAGGUGCAACACCGGGUAGCAGCAUACACAAUAGUGAACAGAGAGCUUGUCAGGCACAGCGUGACUGGUGUCUUCCAGCGCUGCGUAGAGCCUAAGAAGGGCAUGUCAAUCCUCAGAGAUAUUCACCAAGGCGAAUGCGGCCACCAUGCCGCCUCCAGAUCCCUUAUAGCCAAAGAUUUUGGCCGACUGCUUUGGACGACUGCUUUGGACGACGCCAAGGAGUUGGUCAAGAAGUGCAAGGGGUGCCAACACUUCAGCUCCAAGCAACACCUGCCAGCUUCUGCACUCAAGACCAUCCCCCUCACUUGGCUGUUUGCGGUCUGGGGG